CUACCCACGCGAGUCUUCAACCUGCUGGAUGACUGACCUACAGGUCCUAAGGAACCUCUCGGCUAGACACGGCGGCUCGUCAAGUUUCCAUUUAUCUGGAUUAGGAAAGACCAUGGCCAGUCAACGCGACGAAAAGCAAACUCGCGUCGGUUUACCUACAGACGUGUUGGAUACGCAGUCAGAUCCAUCAACAUAUUAGACUUGAAGAAAACGACGACAUGGAGGCCCCAGAUCAUCCAGCGAUCCCCUUCGCAUUCUGCCAUGAUCAAAAAAACUUUCGCCUGCUGGAGUUGCCUCCGGAUCUGCUGAACGUGGUGACCAGCGCUGAUCCUCCUGUUUUGCGAAUUAAAUCUAGCGAAUCAGCUCCGGCGCAUGCAGUAUUAUGCACAGACAAUCUCGCAUACCAAAUCCGCCAAGUGCAGUCCUCGAAUUCGAUCUUUCUGACCAAGCCUGCCAAAGACAAUCACUCCAAUGAUGCCGCCUCCAGCUUGGACUCCCACCUGUCCGCAAUAGCGACAUGCAAGUCGACUUUGGAACUGCACCCUGUCAGUGGUUCCGCUAUCCCACAUCUCAAGCAAUGCCUUCCGCUCUAUUUCAGCAACGAAGACGGAUCACGACCGACGCCAGUUGAGGGAAGAAGCAAAAGAGAUGUAUUCAGCAACAUUCCGCUGGCUGACCAAGAAAGUGAACGCUCUUGGGUAGAGCUUAUGGCAUUUGAAUUGGAUGGAGUCAGCUUGAGACCAAAUGCCGAGGAAUUGAGGAGCGUAUGGAAGGCUAUUCGUACAGCUGCAGACAGCCAAGGAUUUGACCUGAGUCAGCAAUUUCUGGCAAGAGAUGCGUGGAAGGAGGCCGAAGAAGACGGUUGUCCUAGAGAACUCGUGCAUGCGUUGUUACGGAAGUUGUCCGGUAACGGCAGUCAAAUCGAAACUGACUGGAUGCAACUAGAUCGAGUCAAAUUCGUGAGGUGGACUGGUGCCAUGGUGUUGGACCGUGAGCGGGACAGGAUUCCAGGAGGGGUGUCAAUCACCGCCUUUAUGGAAGCAUGGAAAGACGAACUUCCAGAGUCGUGGAGAGCACAUGCCUCACUUGAUCUGCUCAAGGGAGCAUAUAGCCAACCAACUCCAUCGACAAUUGUAAUCACAGACGAUUAUGAUGCAAUUGAAGCGCCAGCGCCUUCUGAAAGUACGAAUAAUCUGUCGGGAAAAGCGUCGCUACGUUCACGAAAGUGGCACGAAAAAUUCAAGAAUGCUCGUCGCUGA